AUGUCGUCGUUUAUGGAUGAUUCGAUGAUAGGCCGCUGGCUUUCGGAUUUACUCAUGGAUGACCUGACUCGCAAAUCAACGUCAAAGCCCCAGCUACGCCGUUUUAUCCACCACGAAAAGCCGAUCCGCUAUAUACGGUGUCUCGGCGGGGGCACCGAGGGCGACGUCUAUCUAGUUGAGAUUGAGGGUCACAAAUAUGCGCUUAAGGUGUUCAAACAAUGGAAGUUCGAUGCUCCCAAAUCAAUCAGACUUCGUCUGAAGGAACGAGAAACCCACUAUUUUAGCCCUAUAGCGAACGAAGCAAGGGCAUUUGCUAGGCUGGAUAGCAUGGGCCAAAAUGGCACCUGGGCUGUUAAGUGUCAUGGCUGGAUGAAACUGUCUGGUAAACAGCGGCCCAGGUUUCUCAGCCUACAUACCCCAUGGGCAAUCGUUAAAGAUUAUAUCCCUGAUCCAAUGACACUCGAUGAUGUUCCUGAAAUACGGCAGAAAAUGAAGAUUGCUCGUAAAGCGCUUCUAUUCCCAGACGACGCCCAGCCAAGAAACUAUCGUGGCUCGUUCCUUGUUGAUCUUGGGCGUGUCAAAACACAUCCAUACCCGCGGGUUCUGUGGUCAAAGAAAGAGUACCGGAAGUAUUUUGAGUGUUUUGAUAAGGAUGCCAGUGAAUGGGUGGAGUCUGUACAAGAUGGUGAAGUCAUUGAUGGCUGGGUAAAUGAGUAUCUUAAAGAGGGCAUGUUAAAGGGCAUAAUCUGGGCGGAAAAGCGCGGAAUGUACGCAGAGGCUGAAAAUUUACGGAAACUCAUUGAAAAGACUUUACCGCUAUACUAUUUCCUGGCUGGAUAA